AUGGCCGCACAAGCUCGGCUGGGCGGCGCCUCUAAAGGCAGCUCUUUGGAGGAGGCGAAAGCACGGGCUGCCAGUCGGGCAGCCAGCCGUGCGGCCGCGGAAGCAGAGGGUUCCCGUGCGGCGGGGCAGCUGGCGUCUCGAGCCAAAGGACCCUUGCCGCAAAGCACGGCGGAUCUGCAGACGGAGACCACAGGUCAUCUAUUGGCUACUCUUCAGAUGAAGCUGAAGGACAUGGAUGAUGAGGUGAAGGCAGACGAGAGAGGUGCAGAGGAGUUGCGCAGACACCUGAAACGAUUGCAGCAGGAGCAUGCAGAAAUCAAAAAGGCCAGGGAUCGGGCAGCUGCGCUGGUCGAAGGCUACGAGGCUGGUUCCAUGACCUUUGACAAGGAGUACAGCAAGCUGAUGGACAGCUCGGAUGAGACAUACAAAAUGGCCAGCAGCUGA